AAAUGACUGAGCCGGAAGUGGGAGAAAUAUGUCCAGGAUGGGGAUUCGGUGCAACGGAGGAGGGACAGUGCGGAAGGAAGACAUCUGUGCCGUGAUUCUAUUGCAGAAAUCCCCAGCUGUCAGAUAGGAGAAGAUAACAGAUCCAGGGUUAUUCCAUAAGGGAACUAUAGUUUUUCGCGUAUCGUGGAUUCCAGUAGCUAGUGGAGUGGAUCGAAGAUGUAACAGUGCCCCACAGUGAUUCAGACUGUCAAAGAGUCUCAUCGACAGGACCCGACCCAGAGGAGGUUCCUGCUCCGAUUUGCUGGGUGCGUCCUGGCUACCGCUGCACACCUGCAUGCUUCGCGGCCCAGUAUCGGUUGGCGGCCUGGAAGUUGGGGAGCACUGGUUUAAGUGUUACAGUCAGGGAGAUGUCCAUGAGAAGAUUGUGAAGGAGCUUUACAUCUACCCAUGUGAAGGGCCAGGAGUUCCCUGUGUUCUGUUUGUCUACAGAGUGUCUCAUGAAAGUCAGUAUCUUCAAAAUGCUCUUCACUGGGUCACAGGAGGCGGAAGAGCGCAGAAGGAAGACAUUUGUGCCGUGAUUCUGUUGCAGAAAUCCCGAGAUGUGGGAGAGGGGCAGAUAAGGACCUAUCCACGGUUAUUCCAUGAGGGAACAGCAGUUCAUCGAGUACUUUGGAGAGAAACCAGCGGUAUUCUCAAGAGGAGGUCAGCUGACUGCCAUUGUCCAAAUACGAUUCGGGCCAUCAGACAGAGUCUCAGUGACAGAACCAGAUCCAGAGAACAUUCCUCCCCCGUAGGGCAGAGUGAGUAUCCGCUAGGCAGUGAGACUUUGGUGGUGAGUGAACAAUCGGCUUCCUCGAUUUCUUCAGGAUGCAGCCAAGGGAAGAGCAGCUGGAACUCGGAGAGGGUUCAGUGUAACGGUGAGAACGCAGGCUUGGGGUUCGACCCGAGAGAUUGGGGCAGGAGCUGAGAAAUGUCAAGUCUGCAGAGGCAGUAUGUUCCUGUCGAAAUGGAGAGUAAACCUGUCAAGACAAGAGUUAUUCAGACUUUGGUCAAGAAAAGUAUGGAAGGACAAGGUGCAAUUAGGUAAUUUGCCAGUGAAUCCCUUAACGUCACAUGACUAAGAAUACUAUCGAAAGGAAAAUAGGAGGGAAAAGUGAGAGGGUGUGAUGUGGAUCUCGGAGAUAAAGUUAAGGAAAAUACCAAUAAAUUCUGUGGAGGUUAGCUGAAAAUUUGCAAUGGUAGCCAUGUAUGCACAAAUCCCACUGCUGUCUUUAAGGUGUUUGCACUUUCUCCCCAUGACUGCAGUGAGUUUCAACUGGGUUUUCCAGUUUCCUGCCACAUUGCCAAAAACCUUAGUGUUAGUGAGUUGUGGGCACGCUACUUUGGCACUGGAAGCAGAUCUAAAUGAUCUAAAUCAGACCUGCAGGGCAAUUCUUUCACCCAUAGGGUGGUGAGUAUAUAGACCGAACUGCCAGAGAAAGUGGGUGCAGCAGGUACAAUGGUAUCAUUGAAGGGGCACCUGAAUAAAUGCAUGGAAAGGCAGGGUUAGAACGGAUAAAGUUGACUGCGGGAAAUUGGGAUCAUCCAGCUGGGCAUAGUGGUCAUCACUGACUCAUUGGGCAAAUAGUCUCUAUCUUGCUCUAUUAGAUGAUGGGCUGAAUGGCUUGCAUUGUCUACAUCCCUCUGUCUCCAAUGACCUACCCUAGGUCCCUGUGUCAUACCCUAGGUCUCUGUGUGUGGCCUCAUAAAGAGAGGCCCCACCACUUCAGGGAGGGUUUUCUGAGGAAUGUAUGAGUUGAGGUUCGAAAUGUCUUCCCCAACGUCCAUACCUCUCCUGUAGCUGUGUCAGUUUCACCCCUGACCCUUACAGCCUCUAAAUCUACUUCCUCUACACUUCUCCCAUCUCUUUGACGCCAAUCAGCCCCUAUACCACUCUCCAUCACUGCAAUGCACAACAAACUCUUUGCUUUCACUUUCCACUGGAUCUCCUGUACCCCAGACUGAUUCUCACUGGUUCAAAUCCUGUUCUUAAGGCACAGGACACCCAUGGUGGUGGGUGUCCAUCUCUGAGCUCAGAGGAACAUUAGACUGGUGUGAGGCAGGCUG